AUGGUGGAAGGAGGAAGAUCAACAUACGUUCCACCACAUAUGAGAGGUGGUGGUAAUAGUGAAGACCGUCAUGGAGGAGGAAGUAGUGAAGACCGUCGCGGAGGAGGAAGUAGUGAAGAUCGUCGUGGAGGAGGAGGUUUUGAGGAACGACGGGGCGGCGGGUUUGAUCGACGCGGUGGCUCACGUGAACGUGGAUAUAUAGCUCGUAGUGGCUCGAAGGAGCGUGGUGAUGGUCCACCACGUGCCACGAAUUCUCGCUGGUCAGGAUUCGAGUCAGAUCGUCGAGAUGAUCGUCGUGGAGGCUACGGAGAUGAUCGUCGUGGUGGCUACAGUGGUGGCGGUGGAGGCUAUAGUCGUGGCGGUGGAGGCUAUAGUCGUGGCGGUGGUGUUCGAGUAAAUGAUAUGGGUUAUCAUGGUGACGUACGCCCUAAUGAACGUCUCGAGCACGAAUUGUUUGGUGAUGCAAAGUCAUCUGGUAUUAAUUUUGACAAGUACGACGAUAUCCCAGUCGAAACAAGCGGUGAGAAUGUUCCUGAUCCAGUCACCGAGUUUUCGGCUGAGCAGCUGGGAGCUGAAGUCAUUCGCAACUUGGAACUUUGCAAGUAUUCAAAGCCUACUCCUGUGCAGAAGUAUUCGAUUCCAAUUGGUCUUGCUGGCCGUGAUAUGAUGGCGUGUGCUCAGACCGGUUCCGGUAAGACAGGCGGUUUUCUGUUUCCCACACUUGCGGCGAUGCUACGUGUUGGAGGCACGCCCCCGCCAGAUGUUGGCCACGGACGUUCGCGCAAGAUUUUUCCGGCUGCAUUGAUUCUCUCGCCCACGCGUGAGCUAGCGUCACAGAUCCACGAUGAGGCUAAAAAGUUUUGCUAUUGCACUGGUAUCGCCCCCGUUGUGAUUUAUGGUGGUGCUGAGGUAGGUCGUCAAUUACGGGAGCUAGAGCGUGGUUGCGACUUGUUAGUUGCUACUCCUGGUCGUCUUGUCGAUUUGAUGGAGCGUGGUCGCAUCUCGCUGUCGUGUAUUCGAUUUUUGAUUUUGGAUGAGGCUGAUCGCAUGCUGGAUAUGGGUUUCGAGCCUCAGAUUCGCCGCAUUGUCGAGCAGGAGGACAUGCCCCGUGAACGCCAGACGUUUAUGUUUAGUGCUACAUUCCCGCGUGAAAUUCAACGCCUUGCGUCAGACUUUCUGCGCGAUUAUAUUUUCUUGACGGUCGGUCGCGUGGGUUCCGCGUCAAAGGAUGUAAAGCAGACGGUGGAGUACAUUGAGCAGUACGACAAGGAGGACUAUCUUGUUCGUUUUUUGAAUCAGGUGCAGGACGGCCUUAUUUUGGUUUUCGUGGAAACAAAGCGUGGUGCUGACUUUUUGGAAGACAUGCUUUGCCGCGAAGGGUUUCCAGCCACGUCAAUCCACGGUGAUCGUUCACAGCGUGAACGUGAGCAAGCUUUGGCAAGUUUCAAAUCAGGACGCACUCCUGUUUUGGUAGCUACAGAUGUAGCUGCGCGUGGUCUUGACAUCGAUGGUGUGACGCAAGUGAUUAACUUCGAUUUGCCCAACAACAUCGAUGACUACGUCCAUCGAAUCGGUCGUACAGGUCGUGUGGGUAACAUUGGAUAUGCACUCUCAAUGAUGAACGAGAAGAACCGUAAUAUUGCUCGGGAGAUGUACGAAUUGAUGUCUGAAAACGAGCAGGAAAUUCCGGCAUUUCUGGAUCAGAUGGCAAACAGUGGCUUCCGUGUUGGCGGCGGUCGUGGUCGUGGCGGUCGUGGCCGCGGUAGUUCCCGAUUUGGUGCUAAAGAUUAUCGUAACGAAGAGCGUGGUGGAGGUGGCGGCAGCCGUGGUGGCUAUAGCGGUGGUGGUGGCGGCGGUUACGGAGGUGGUGGUGGCUACGGCGGAGGUGGCUAUGGCGGCGGCAGCCGAAAUGAUGGCGCUCGUGGUGGUGGUUUUAGCGAUGACAACAGUGCAUGGUAA